CUCACACGAGCGCACAACCUGUUGCAGCUAUACUGAGCGGCCGGCCGCGUGGUUGCAAACGUACUCCGUAGAUAUAAUACCUUUUUAAAAUGUACCCAAUCAUUUUCCGGUAAUUAUUUCUCUACGAAGUUGGGCCAAGUGAAGUGUAGUUAAUCAAUAUGCCGUACAUAAUGGUAAUGGGCAGCCUCAGUGCGCCACAUCUAUCAAAGGACGAAGGAGCUACAGUGUAUGGAUUAAAAAGUGAUGAACGAGCGGCGUUAGUGCGGGAGCUGAAUUCAUCCUUCGGUAUGUCCAUUGCUACAUCAUCGGACUUGGAAAGAACAGUUCGUGUGACACAAAAAGGAUUAACUUUAGUUGUCGUAAACCGCUUGCACGCUAUACUGGGUUACGACGUUGUUUCACAUGCGAUGGCUAUGACGAAUGCUAAUCGCGAACUGGUCUCCUUCACGAUGUACAAGAAGUCGAGCCCUUCCUCGCACGGGCACAGCCACGCGCACUCAGCAGUGCACAGCGGCUCGCACAAAGGCCAUACGCACGGUAACGUGGUUACGCUUUGAUGCAAUACGCAACUGUUGUGCAAUAUGGUUUACCAUUCAUAAUGUAAAUACGUACAGAAUUGUGACAAGUGUAUUUAUAAAUAAGAGGAUUAAGUAAAAACAUGUGUGUAUUUUUA